AUGAUGUCGAACAUUGAUAAUUUGAUUCAAGCACCAACUUCAUCUUUUCCCUUCGAAGUAACACCAACAACACUCAAGAAUGAUCCAAUAUUAAACUUCUUACGCGACCCUUUGGCUACUACAUUUGAUGUACAACAUAUCAAUGACAUUAAUAAUGUUAAUAGAAAUGUUUCUCAUACCGACAUUAAUCCAUCCUUUGAUUUUUGUCAACAUUCGACAACGGUAAAUCCCGUUUAUAUUGUUCCAAGUACAAAUAAUAACCAAACAUCCAGUAAAGAACAAUUGGAAUAUCAAUCAAUAAAACAAUGCGAUUAUUCAAAAUCUGGAAAAAUUCAAAUAAAAAAUCAUCCACGUACAAGAUUUCGUCCACGAACUGAAAAAGAAAGCAAAGAAUCAUCACAUUAUUUACGUUGUGAAGAUAAUACUGAAUCAGAAUAUCCAACUAUUGAUAUCCCUAAAACAUGGAGUAAUCAAACCGAUAUUAUUCGAGUAACUCUCGUUGGAAUCGACAAACAACCGCAUCCAUAUACUAUUGAUAAUAAAGAACGUAAUAUAUCAUCCUUAGUUUUCAAAAAACCAAAUGAACCUCAUUCAUUAUAUUUUUUUGUAACUAAAGAAGAUUACGAUAAAGGCGAAAAGAGUUUUUUGAUUGAAUAUAUUAAACAUAAACAAGAUGAUAAAAUAACAAAAGAUUUAAUAAAAAGUCGACAACUCAAUCAAUCAAUGCUUCAAUUCACACGUUUUUAUUUAAUUGAAGAUGGAUCAUAUCUGUCGGACGAAACUAGCAUUGAAUAUUCUCAUAUUAUGACUGAACAUUAUGGUGACGUUACUAUUGAAGAUAUAUUUCCAUUAUAUGGACCAAUGUGUGGAAAUCAAAAAGUUUGCAUCGAAUUGAAAGGUCCUAUUACAAAAAAUUACACAACUGAUUUUAUUAUUACUAUAAGCUGCAAAGAUAUUAACUGGUCACAUCAAGUUCAAAAUAUAAAGAGAAGUGGUCAUAACUUAAUAUUUCUUAUGCCACCAUUCCUUCAUCAAAAUAUAGCUCGUGCUAAAGUAGACAUUAUCAUUGUAUAUAAACAAGAAAUAAUUCAACAGUCCAAUUAUGUAUAUACAAAAAACUUAGAUGAAUUAAAUGAAAAUAGUGGCAAUGAAUCAAAUCGACUCGUUGUUAUUAGACCUUCUUCAUCAGAUAAUUGCAAUCAAAUACUCGGUGGAUUUUCGACUUGGUCUUCCACUGGAAUGUCAUGUGAAAAUCGUGCUAUAAAACGCCCUAGACAAUAA